AUAGUCCAUCGUUGUUCCACUCCGAACUCUGUUGUCUGUUGCGUUUGGCACUAUUUAAACCACUUUCUUGUCCACUGAGAGACAGCAAAAACCCACAUGGACCUCCGUCUGACCCUCCCCUCCACUUUCCUCCCGCCGGAAUCCCCUCUCCUCAGCCGGAAAUGUCACCCGCCUACCGCUCUCCGCCGCUGGCCUGGCACCGACAGAGCUUUUCCGGCGCCGAGGAGCGCUCCUCGCCUUGCUGUCACGGCCAAGAAGAGGGCGGUGAUCGAGGGCGUGAGCGACGAGAUGAACUCGAUCGCGUCCCAGAACUUGGAUUUCGCCCCGGCCCGGAGGCGCGUGCGAUCGGCCUUCGCUCAAGUGCAGCAGCAGCUUGAUCAUUGCUUGUUCAAGAUGGCUCCUUCUGGGAUCAGGGAAGAGGAGUGGUAUGAGAGGAAUUCAAGAGGUUUGGAAAUUUUCUGCAAAAGCUGGUUGCCAAAACCAGGUGUUCGAAUUAAAGGCGCUUUGUGUUUUUGUCAUGGAUACGGUGAUACAUGCACCUUCUUCUUUGAAGGUAUUGCUAAGCAUAUUGCGGCUUCUGGUUAUGGCGUUUAUGCUGUUGAUCAUCCGGGAUUUGGCUUGUCGGAGGGCUUGCAUGGUUACAUCCCGAGCUUUGAUCAUAUAGUUGACAAUGUUAUUGAACAGUAUGCAAAAAUCAAAGGAAGACCAGAAGUGAGAGGGUUGCCCUGCUUUUUAUUGGGGCAGUCCAUGGGUGGAGCUGUUGCUCUCAAAGCUAAUCUAAAGGCACCGCAGGAUUGGGAUGGAGUCGUCCUUGUAGCCCCGAUGUGUAAGAUUUCAGAGGAUGUGACACCACCUGAACCCGCUGUAAAGGCCUUAACCCUUCUAUCUAGAGUUUUGCCGAAAGCAAAGCUUGUACCCCAGAAAGAUCUAGCUGAGCUUGUAUUCAGAGAAUUGAAGAAAAGGAAAAUGGCUUCAUACAAUGUGAUCUGUUACUCUGAUCCAGUACGCCUAAAGACUGCAGUGGAACUUUUGAAGACUACAAAGUUCAUCGAAUCAAAGGUUGAGAAGGUUUCAUCUCCAUUGCUUAUUCUUCAUGGAGCUGCUGAUAAAGUGACAGAUCCAUUGGUGAGCCGGUUUCUUUACGAGAAGGCUUCUAGCAAUGACAAAACCCUAAAGCUCUACGAAGGAGGGUAUCACGGCAUUCUGGAAGGAGAACCUGAUCACGUAAUACUUACUGUAUUGGGUGAUAUUAUCUCAUGGCUUGAUCAUCGAUGCUCCCAUAAAUAAACUUCCGCCCCUCAUGUGCCGUCGGCAAUUUCCUUUUUAUCGUUAUUCUUUUCCUCCCUUUCCCCCUUCAUCCUUCCAUUUUUGUAGUCGCUUGCCUUCUCGGAUUCAGUUACUUAGAAUCUUAGCUGAAGUUGUAUUUCUUCUUCUCUGGGUAAGCUAUGCAAUAAGUUAAUUCUGAACAUACAAGGAGUUAUGUCUGCAAGCCAUGGAGUGGAACUGAUGUAAGUUUGGGUGAUUGGUUCAACGUCUAUGAUGAAAUGAAGUUUUAAUUAA